CUGUACGAUACUACAAGGUCAUGAUGUCCAAAUUAUUUUUUUCUUCCCAAGAAAAUGAAAGAAAAAAAAAAAAAAAAGCACAUAAUGCGAGGAAUUUAAUGGAAGCAGAGUGUACCCGCCAAGUACACGAUCUUCUUUGAGCUGCUUAUCCACACCAAAGGACAAUCGUCCUCAGAAAGCUGACACUAUUAGAUUUUAAAGGGGGAAACCACCCCAGAAGCAAAAAGAAAAAAAAAGAAAAAAAAAGAAAAAAAAAAAAAGGGUAUGCUCAGAGCUUAGAAGAAAGAACGAGCUCUGUUUUUCUCUUUGUUUUUUGUUUUUUUAAUGCUUAUGUAAUCUCUAAACCCUUUUUUGGUAGAGCGUCUGAAAAUCAUUGGGUCGAGAUGGAAAACAAAGGUGAAACUUUAGAAGCCGUGUUGAAGGAAGCUGUUGAUUUGGAGAACGUGCCGCUUGAAGAGGUUUUUCAGACCUUGAGGUGUAACUCACAUGGCCUCACAUCAGAGGCUGCGCAACAAAGGUUGGUCAUUUUCGGCCACAACAAACUUGAGGAGAAGAAGGAAAGUAAGUUUUUGAAGUUCUUAGGGUUUAUGUGGAACCCUCUAUCAUGGGUUAUGGAAGCUGCAGCUAUCAUGGCCAUUGCGCUAGCCAACGGAGGAGGAAAACCUCCUGACUGGCAAGAUUUUGUUGGGAUUAUUACUCUGCUUCUUAUCAAUUCAACUAUAAGUUUCAUAGAAGAGAACAAUGCUGGUAAUGCAGCUGCCGCACUUAUGGCACGUCUUGCCCCCAAAGCCAAGGUCCUUCGAGAUGGGAGAUGGAGCGAGGAGGAUGCUUCCAUUCUCGUUCCUGGUGAUAUAAUCAGUAUAAAGCUCGGGGAUAUUAUUCCCGCAGAUGCUCGUCUUCUUGAUGGUGAUCCAUUAAAAAUUGAUCAGUCAGCCCUUACAGGCGAGUCCCUUCCGGCGACAAAGGGUCCCGGUGAUAGCGUGUACUCGGGAUCCACAUGCAAGCAAGGAGAGAUUGAAGCAGUGGUUAUUGCUACGGGUGUUCAUACCUUUUUUGGUAAGGCUGCACACCUUGUGGAUAGCACGAAUCAACAGGGGCACUUUCAGAAGGUCUUGACUGCUAUUGGGAAUUUCUGUAUCUGCUCAAUCGCCGUGGGGAUGAUCAUAGAGAUCAUUGUCAUGUACCCAAUUCAACAUCGGGAAUACCGCCCUGGGAUUGAUAAUCUACUGGUUUUACUUAUUGGAGGAAUUCCCAUUGCUAUGCCCACAGUUUUGUCGGUGACAAUGGCAAUUGGUUCUCAUCGGUUAUCCCAGCAGGGAGCAAUCACUAAAAGAAUGACGGCAAUAGAAGAAAUGGCAGGCAUGGAUGUGCUGUGCAGUGACAAAACUGGGACCCUGACAUUGAAUAAACUUUCAGUUGACAAAAAUCUUAUAGAGAUAUUUGUUAAAGGAGUAGAUGCAGAUACUGUUGUUCUGAUGGCAGCUCGAGCCUCUCGUGUGGAAAAUCAAGACGCAAUAGAUGCUGCUAUAGUGGGAAUGUUGGCUGAUCCGAAGGAGGCACGAGCUGGUAUUCAAGAGAUGCACUUUCUUCCAUUUAACCCAACAGACAAGCGGACAGCUCUGACAUAUAUUGACGCUGGUGGUAAAAUGCACCGUGUCAGCAAAGGUGCUCCAGAGCAGAUUUUGAAUCUUGUACACAAUAAAUCAGAGAUAGAACGUAGGGUUCAUGCUGUCAUUGAAAAGUUUGCAGAGCGAGGAUUGCGGUCUCUUGCAGUAGCUUACCAGGAAGUUCCAGAUGGUCGAAAGGAAAGCCAAGGAGGACCUUGGCAAUUUGUUGGCCUCAUGCCUCUGUUUGAUCCUCCUAGACAUGAUAGUGCAGAGACAAUUCGUAGGGCGUUAAAUCUUGGGGUAAAUGUUAAGAUGAUAACAGGUGAUCAACUGGCAAUAGGAAAGGAGACAGGACGACGUUUGGGAAUGGGAACCAACAUGUAUCCUUCAUCUGCUUUGUUAGGAGGACAAAAGGAUGAGUCGAUUGCUGCUUUGCCUGUUGAUGAGUUGAUUGAAAAGGCUGAUGGGUUUGCUGGUGUUUUCCCUGAGCACAAAUAUGAAAUUGUGAAACGAUUGCAAGCCAGAAAACAUAUAUGUGGAAUGACUGGUGAUGGAGUCAAUGAUGCUCCUGCUCUUAAAAAGGCUGAUAUUGGCAUUGCUGUGGCGGAUGCAACUGAUGCAGCUCGGAGUGCUUCUGACAUUGUCUUGACCGAACCUGGCUUGAGUGUCAUCAUAAGUGCUGUCCUAACUAGCCGGGCAAUAUUUCAGAGGAUGAAAAAUUACACGAUUUAUGCUGUUUCCAUUACAAUCCGUAUCGUGCUCGGUUUCAUGUUGUUAGCACUCAUAUGGCAGUUUGAUUUCCCUCCUUUCAUGGUUCUAAUUAUUGCUAUCCUUAAUGAUGGUACCAUUAUGACAAUAUCAAAAGAUAGGGUGAAGCCAUCUCCUCUGCCAGAUAGCUGGAAGCUUGCGGAGAUCUUUGCAACCGGAGUCAUUCUUGGUGGUUACUUGGCUAUGAUGACUGUCAUCUUCUUUUGGGCAGCAUACAAGACAGAUUUCUUCCCUCGUACAUUUGGGGUUUCCAGCCUUCAGAAAGAGGAUAGAGAUGACAUUAGAAAACUUGCUUCUGCAGUAUACCUGCAAGUGAGUACUAUCAGUCAAGCUCUAAUAUUCGUGACACGAGCCCGGAGUUGGUCUUUUGUUGAGCGUCCUGGUUUGCUACUUGGAGGAGCUUUUGUUAUUGCUCAAUUGAUUGCUACAUUGAUUGCUGUCUAUGCAAAUUGGAGUUUUGCUGCCAUUGAGGGGAUUGGAUGGGGAUGGGCUGGUGUGGUUUGGCUAUAUAACCUCAUCUUCUAUUUCCCACUUGAUUUUGUCAAAUUCAUCACCCGCUAUGCGCUGAGUGGAAGAGCUUGGGAUCUUGUUAUUGAGCAAAGGAUUGCUUUUACAAGGAAAAAGGAUUUCGGUAAAGAAGAACGCGAACUAAAAUGGGCACAUGCACAGAGGACUCUCCAUGGACUGCACCCACCAGACACCAAGAUGUUCACUGACCGUACAAAUUAUACAGAGCUUAACCAAAUGGCAGAAGAGGCAAAAAGAAGAGCUGAGAUUGCAAGACUGAGAGAGCUGCAUACACUGAAAGGGCAUGUGGAAUCGGUUGUGAGACUGAAAGGACUCGACAUUGACACAAUUCAGCAGGCUUACACUGUCUGAGCUGCCACUACCCCUUUUGAAUGCUUUUCGUUCUCUUCACAUUGGUGUUGCUUACUGAUUAUAGUUUAAGAGACUCGUAAAUUUGUCAUUUUAUAUUUUACUUUGCGUGGGUAUAUGUUAUAUAUAUAUAUAUAUAUAUAUAUGAAAUUAAAUUAAUAAUCAUA